GCGCCACUUGUCUCUGACACUCUCGUCUGAUCUGUCCCUCCCUCCCUUCCUCCCUCUCUCCUUCCGACUUCCGACCGCUUGCCAGACUUGUUAUCGUGCGUUGACCACAACAUCACUGGUCAAACCACGAGUCGGUUGGUGGUACGGUAGUAAGACUUACUGCUUCAGCUCAGUGAGUUAGGUACGCGCUUUUCUUUUCAUCGCAGUCUUUAAUUAUUAUCAAGACACCUGGAAAAAAGACGUCCUGCUAGUGUCGUGAUUCGUGGUUCGUGUUUAUUUUGUUUUCUGUCGUCUGCUGCCGGACAGUUUCUCAUCGAAGUUCUCCAGUGUGAAGUGUUCGUUCCGUGGAUAGACACACAAUUGGAUUUUUUAAAGUCGGUCUUUUGGAGGCGGGCUUGGAAAAAAGAAAACAAUGACUAAGCUGAUUCUCCCAGGUUUACAACUUUAUUCUUCACUGGAUUUCCCAGACCUGCUUGUCCGACUUCUGAUGUGAAUUCUGCGAGUGCCUUCAAGCAAAAAGAGCUGAGAUACGCAUGAAAGCCACUUGUAUCCCAGGCUAUCCUGCCCGUAGUCGUGACAAAAAUGGACUCAGCCGUUCUCAGAGACACCAUGUGCGGUGAAUUCUGCCGUCGGAAUAGGAACGGCUAUAAGUGCGUUCAUCUUUCUGAGUAGUCUGGGAUUUUUCUUCUGUAUCAGAAAAAGCAUAAUGUGUGAACGGGUGCCCAUUUGAGAGAAACUUCAGAUUUGUGCUUUUAUUUUUUUCCCUCUACCUGCAAAGGGAUUUUCGUUCCAUGGUGUAAGAAAAGUCAUUUGGAAGAUAUAUUUUUCAAAUCUUGGGAUUCUCCCUUCUUGUCAGAAAUCAUAUUUUUAGCUCAAAUGUAGGAUUUAAAACGGUUGAUAAGUACCUAUUUUUUUGUAACAAAUAUCAGGGAUUUUUGGUACUGAUAAGAAAACGCAUCAUGUAUGAACGGAUGCCGCUCUAUCUCAAAUAAGAAUGGCUUUCCAUCUCUGCGACCAAAGCUGUCUCGUCUUUGUUUUCAUCAUCAUAAUCCCCGUCGUUAGAACGUCUUCAUCCUCGUCCACAUUCACAUCUGAAAGCGAAACCAAAUACGCUCGCGGCAACAGAGACCUCUCGUCGUUCUUGUCUUCGAUCUCAUCGCCUGCGUCUGACAAAAAUGACAAGGAAGUCUCCUACCUACUCCGGUCCUUUGAUCCGGACAUGGAGCCCCACCCUUCGUUCUCCGCUCCAGUGCCCCCGAGACGCAACUCAACCUUGACCCUGGGUUAUCUGGUGGCGGCGAGAAAGAGGUCUUUCGUCCCCUUCCAGACCUGGAAGACAAUCUCUGGAGCUUUGGCGUACGCCAUCGACAGGAUCAACCGAGAGAAGGUCAUCCCAGGCUAUCAGCUGACCUACGUCAUCAGAGACACAAGAGGCCAGACCAAUGACUCUCUCUUCGAGAUGUCCAACUUGUGGCGAGACGGGGUUGUCGGAUUUAUAGGACCGUCAAACGAGUGCAAGAACGAGGCUAUGCUAGCUGGGGCCUGGAACCUACCCAUACUUUCCCACGUCUGCUCGGAUGACGAGGUCUCGGACAAGAAACGCUUUCCAUCUUUCGCCCGGACCUUCCCACCUGCCGUCCAAAUCACCAAGUCGGUGGUGUCCAUGCUCAGACAUUUCAACUGGACCAAGUUCUCCAUCAUCUAUGGCAAGACUGACAGUAAGACGUACGAGUCUGUGGCUGUCCGACUCCAAGAGCUCGCGGAGGAAUACAACAUGACGAUCAAUCACGUCAUGGACUACCCAGAGCCUCAUCUCACGCUGGUGGCUGGCAACCCAUUCCCGAACAUUGUACAAGAGACUUACAUCGAGACUAGAGUGUACGUGUUCUUAGGUUAUCUGAACGCUAUGGUGGACAUGAUGAUCAACCUGAACGACAGAGGACUUCUGGACACUGGUCAGUACGUGGUCAUCUACGUAGAGUUCUUGGAGCACAUUGCACACGAGCCCUUCAAGUAUUUCAAAAGGACGUUCGACUCCAAUGACCUGCCCAAUAUACGAGGAGCCCGCUCGCUGUUAGUGGUCAAACCAAGUCCUCACCUUGACAUUGAAGAGUUCCACAACAACGUGAGAGAGUAUAACCAGAAACCCCCUCUCAACUUCACCACACCUGCAGACUGGAAAAAAGUUAUUCUUGUCCACGCGUCCUCCCUGUAUGACGCGGUUACUUUAUACGCCUACGCCCUAUCCCAAGUCCUCAAAGAGGGAGGGAGUUUCCUGGAUGGAAGAGCCAUCAUCAGCAAGCUGUUUGGCCACCAAUACACAAGUAUCCAAGGCUAUGAAAACAAGAUCGACAAGGACGGGAACCCAGAAGGAAACUACACAGUCUUGGCCUUCCAGCCUAUCAACAGCUACAACAUUAGCUACAACGCCAUUAGCAACUUCACAGUAGACGCCGUUGCGAACUUCCGCCUCAGCCCAGAUGGCGAAUUGCCGAAGUUUCACACGUUUGACGGAAAGAGGAUCAAGUGGCUGGGCGGGAAACCUCCAGUGGAUGAGCCAGCCUGCGGCUACAGGGGACAGAGAUGUCUGCAGCCAAAGUGAUCGCCCUCAUCGUGAUGCUGGCUGUGUACAGGAAUUGGCGUUAUGAGCAGGAGAUAGCUGGUCUGCUGUGGAAGAUCGACGCCUCAACCAUCCAGUGCAAUGAGAUGGGAACAGGCAGGUGGGAGCGUAAAGUGGUCAGUGAUGACAAUGUGAACGCAAUCAGCAACUGCGGUAUCAGUAUGGUAUCCAUGGAGUCCCGCAACUCUUACGCCCAGGUCUACACGUACGUGGGAAAAUAUAAAGGCCAAACGGUGGCUCUGAAGACCUUCAACGUCAACAGCUCAGACCUCACACGCAAAGACAAGAUGGAGAUGAAAUUGAUGCGAGACCUCCGACACACAAACGUGAACAGUUUCAUCGGUGCGUGCCUCGAAUCUUCUGUGCUCACUCUUGUGACCGCCUAUUGUGUCAAGGGCAGUCUUCAGGACGUCUUGGAAAAUGACGACAUCAAGCUAGAUCAGAUGUUCAUCGCUUCGCUUAUCAAAGACCUCAUACAGGGCAUGAUGUACAUCCACCACAGUGACCUAGUCUACCAUGGAAACUUGAAGAGCUCCAACUGCGUGGUGACCAGUCGCUGGACACUCCAGGUCGCUGACAACAGCCUCCUUGACAUUCGUAACUCAAGCUACAACAAAGAGGACCACUAUGCUUAUUACCGAAAUUUGCUUUGGAAAGCACCGGAAAUCCUGCGAAGUGGCGGCAAGAUCAAAGGUAGCCAGUCUGGUGACGUGUACGCGUUUGCCAUUGUCCUGCAUGAGAUUUAUGGCAGAGCUGGACCUUUUGGGAACACCGAAAUGGACCCACAAGGUUUUCUCACGGAUAACAGAUUUUUGAUCUUCAGCAUCGAGAGGAAGCGGAACAUCUUCGACCACAUGCUGGCUAUGAUGGAGAAGUAUCAGGAGCACCUGGAGGAGUUGGUGGACGAGAGGACGGAGCAGUUGAGCGAGGAGAAGAAAAAGACGGAGACAUUGUUGUACAGAAUGUUACCUAGAUCUGUUGCUGACCAGCUGAAAAAAGGAGAAGCUGUGAUUCCAGAGGCCUUUGAAUCUGUUACCAUAUACUUCAGCGAUAUCUGUGGCUUCACUUCUUUGUCGGCAGAAAGUACACCUAUGCAAGUUGUGGACAUGCUGAACGAUCUGUACACCUGCUUCGACUCCAUCAUCAAAAACUUCGAUGUCUACAAAGUGGAGACAAUCGGGGACGCCUACAUGGUGGUGAGUGGCCUCCCUUUGCGAAACGGGCACGCCCACGCGGCGGAGAUCGCCUCCAUGUCUCUGGCGUUGCUGAGCGCCAUAAAGUCUUUCACCAUACGUCACAGGCCGGAGGACAUGCUCAAGCUACGGAUUGGCAUCCACUCAGGUCCGUGUGUUGCUGGCGUUGUUGGACUGACCAUGCCGCGCUACACGCUGUUUGGGGACACAGUCAACACUGCAUCGCGCAUGGAGAGCAAUGGGGAGGCCUUGAAGAUCCACUGCAGCACCGAGUGUAAGCUCAUCCUUGACCUGGUUGGAGGCUUCCAUCUCGACGAAAGAGGCUACAUCGCUAUGAAGGGUAAAGGGAAUCAACUGACCUACUGGCUUCAGGGCGAGGAACCAGGCAACAGAACCUCCCAACGCCUAAGCACCCAUGGCAGUCAGCGAGAACUGGCCACUCUGGAGAGACCGACCCGAGGGAAGGGCGCCCUCAACCACUCGCCUCUUUCCCUUGACCACCAGCAACAACAACAGCAACAACAACAGCAACAACAACAACAGCAACAACAACUAACACAGCCAGUUCACGUACCAUGCGCUAAUGCACAGCCCCAGAACAUUGUGAGCGUUCUCAAAACACUGGACCAGCCGAAAUCAGGCUCCUUCUCUGAAGGUAUAAAUGGACUGCAAAGACAGUAUCUCAGCCCUGCUCUCAAAGAGCGAGCUCUGAUGGCGCCUAAAGGCUUGUCCGGCGAGCCCUUGGCACCGGUGAGGCGAAGUGAAACUUCUAGGAAGAAUAGGGAGCACGCUAGUAGCCUUUACGACAACUCCUCCUCCACACCCACAGAAAUCACCACGUUGCUAGUGGACCACCUGCCUUCUACGCCUAUCAAUGGCACCCACGUCUGAAGGUGAUAUGUGUCACGACGAGGUGGAAUCAGAUGUUCGUCAAUUUUUGGGCAUAUGGAGUUAUCGGUAAUAUCUUUAAAGCCUGUUCAUUUGCCUUUCUUUUCGGGAAAAAAAUUGCCAUCUAUGUUGAAUAGAAGUGGAAAUAUUUGCCAUUGAAAAGGGUCAGGGUUUCCUGGUUACAGAUUUAAAAUCAGAGAGAAAAUGGCCGCCAAAGUUUGGUAGCUUCCAUAGCCUGAGAGUCCGUGAAUAUAGAAAAAAA